ACGGAAAGGCCCGUGAUGAUGGCGGAAGAGCCGCCGCGGAGCGCCUCGGAGGUCUGCAGUCGCCGCAGGCGCGCAGGAGAUAAACAAUCUAGCACUGUGAAAAAUGAAGAUAAGGCACAGAGGAAAGCUGCGCUGGAAGCUGCUAUCAGAAAGAAGAUUGAGCAUGAGCGAAAAGCUUUGCAGAUUGUCGAACGCCUGUUGGAAGAUGAUAUCACUGGAGAAUUCCUUGUGGAAUGUGGGAAGUUUAUAACACCUUCUCACUAUAAGGAUGUUGUUGAAGAACGAUUUAUCAUCAAAUUGUGUGGCUAUCCCAUCUGUCAAAAUAGGUUACAGAAUGUGCCAAAACAAAAGUACAGAAUUUCAACAAAAGCGAACAAAGUUUAUGAUAUUACUGAAAGAAAGCGCUUUUGCAGUGACUUUUGUUACAAAGCAUCGAAAUACUUUGAAGGACAAAUUUCCAAAAGUCCAGUGUGGAUCCGAGAAGAAGAAAGGCCACUGGACAUUGAGUUGCUAAAGGAAGGCACAAGUGGCCAAUCUGGGAAGGAAGUAAAAUUAGUAACCAAAAGCAUUAAAGCAUUAGAUAUUGAAAAUCCUGCCCCGUUGGAAGCUCAUGGUGACUCCAGCACUGAAAGUGAGAGCAACAGUGAUACAGAACAAGAGUUUGUCUCCUCUGUUCUGGAAAAGAACCUGGCGAGUGCAGCAAAGGCAGCUUCUCCAGCUCCCAGGAACCGCAUACUGAAAAAGGAGCUUGCUGAGAGUGCCAAGCCCAAGCCAGCUGAGACCAAGGAUGCAGUUAAUGAGGCAGUGGAACAGCUAAGUAGAUGCACCUUAGGUGCCCAAGAAGAGAAACGUGUUGUUCUGGAAGGCACUCAAAUCGCAAGAACUUGCAUUUCUGCAGAUGGUCAUGCUCCUGAAACUGUGCAAACCUCUGAAGGCGUUGGAGAUGACUCUAGUGGCUCUCAAGUGAUUUUCCUGGGUGUGAGCCAGAAAGGAGCAGAUCAUUUGAAAAGAUUGCUCACUAAACUGAAACAGCCAGGUCCGGUGGACCCAUUUGUUACCAAAAAUAGCUUACUCGAAGGCCUUACGCAAACAUUUAUUGAAUGGAGGACUGAGGAGACAUUGAAGCUUCUCUCCAACUUCUCAACCUGCUGCAGACUGCAGAACACCCCACAAGCCAAAGAUCAGAAGGAGGAACUUGAUGAAGAUGAUCUGGAUAUUGCUGAUGAACUGGAUGUCACAGCUGGUGGUGGCAGCGGCCAAAGAGGCACUGUGAGCCCUCUGAGCUGGCCAUCACCUUUCAAGGCAUCACAUACAGCAGCCAAAGCUUUACCUAGCUAUGAAAAAUUAAAAGCAGAGACAUCACAGUUAGAACUAAAGGUGAGGGAAUUUUAUGCAGGAAAGUUCACUGUAGCUGAAGAAGAUCCAGCAAUGCAAUUGGACAAAGAGCAGCAGCACAGCUAUUCUAGAGAUGAUCAGCAGUGGGUUCCUGCAUUUCCACUUGUAGAUUCUAACGCACAACUGCAGAUUCGGAUGCGGAUCGUUCUUGAAAAGCUCCAGAAUGCUUUGCCUGCUGUUUUGGGCCCUCUUCAAAUUUCGCUUGGCGAUGUUUACAGUGAACUUAAAGCUCUUAUUAAAACGUUCAGGCUAACGAACACAAAUAUUAUCCACAAAGCUCCAGUAUGGAUCCUAAUUGCUGUUGUGUUGUUGUCUGUCUGCAGAGGUGAGAAGACUGGAAGAAACUAGAACGGGGUGCGGGGUGAAGAGUCAAAGAGAAUGUGACUGACUGUGUCACCAGCAUCUGGAAUACUCAUGAGAUCUGACCCCUGGGGGGAAGCAUCCUGAGGCUGUAACUGGUGGUGACCUAGUCUGGCCUGCAGAACUUUAAGCCAACCAACCGAGCUUAACACAAACCAUGGCUCUGAACUAAGACCUGCCAGACACUUGGUACCCCAACCCCAUUCUGUAGUUCAAGGCAGGCUUCCCUCAUGGGUUGGCUUACAUUGCAAGGAUCCUGUGCUGGCUUGGUGUGGCACAGGGUGUACACGCCUGGUCUACCCUUAAAUGCCAUGUGGGACAUGAAAGCACUCCCCUCAUGGCAAAAUAACCAGAUUCAUUCUCCACUGAACGGACAGGUUCAGCAUCAGCUGCUUUUCAGCUUCACAAUGUAUUUGAAGAAAAUUUGUGCUUGACUGUUAAGAGAUCAGGGGAUGAGAGGUCAUGGACAUUUUCAUAGCCAUGACGAUUUUGAAUAUUUUAAACUGCUCAAAGGGAACAAGAGAACCUGAUACUAGUUCUGCCCAUAGUGUACCUUGGUUUGCAUAUCAUAUCACUGCUCUAGGGCACUCACUUCCUUUGGACUCAAUGGCGCUUGCCACAGGCAGGAACUAACCAUUAGGAAACCAUCCAUGUGGUAGAACCUGAUUUGGCUAGCUAAUUUUGUUGGCUUAGAGAUGGAGGCUGAGGUGGAGAGAGAAGGUAAGCAGGUACCCCUGCUCCCCUCCAUAACAGUCAUAUUUUAUUUAUUUAGUACUUUUAUAUCUUGCUUUUCUUACAUGAUGAAAGUUAGGUUUAUGUCCAUGGGGUGGUCCCAUCAAAGUACUGACCAGUUCCAGAAAUGCUUAACUGGAGUGAAGUGGUUGUAUCCUGUCCCAUUUGAUUGUGCGCUGGGACCAUCAGAACUAAAAGGGAAGCAAGACAAAACACAUUUCCUGUAUCCAAAAUUUCUAAAGCUCCCAUUUAUUAAUUUAUUGUGGUUGAGGAGAAAGGGAGAAUGAUCACAUAACCUGCAUUGUCAGGCAUCAUCUUCCCACUUCAUUCUGUACUAUGGAUUUUGAGUAAUUUCUUGCUUGCUUUCUGUUUCUCUGUACAGCAAAUUCUAAAGUGCCUCGUGUGAAGUGUUAACAUACAGUGUGUAAAAAGCAGAAUGGCCACAGGGCUGUAACUGGUCUCAGCUAUACGCGCUCAACAA